AUGAAAGCUUCUCUCAUUCGAACCGGUUCAGUCCCGGUCCUCCCCGGUUCACCUCGAACCUCUCUCUCACGCCAAGUUUCAUUUUCCGGCGACAAAAACCACCACGUUCAAUCUUCACUGCAUUUCCACUCCACCGACCAGAAUUCAAACGGGAUCAACAGAGCGUUAUCGGAAAGCGCUGUAAUUCGAUCACCGAGCGAGAAUUUCGGCUUUUCUAACAACCUGAAUCGUGCCAGAUCACAAUGUUUUCCUUUGGAGGAAGCCGGACUCGGCGGCGGCGGAUGCGAUCACGGAGAUGUGACAGUCACCAGCGGCGGAAACGGCGGUGAAAGGAUUAAAAUCGGCGCGUAUUAUGAGGAAACGUUGAAGUCAAAUCCAACUGAUGCGCUUUUGCUUAGAAACUACGGCAAAUAUCUUCACGAGGUAGAAAAAAAUUUGGUGAGAGCAGAGGAAUAUUACGGAAGAGCGAUUCUAGCGAAUCCUGAAGAUGGCGAAUUGCUUUCUCUAUACGGAAAGUUGAUAUGGGAAACGUAUGGAGAUGAAGAAAGAGCUAAAUCUUACUUUGAUCAAGCAAUUCAUGCUGCUCCUGAUGAUAGUACCGUGUUGGGAUCCUAUGCACAUUUCAUGUGGGAAGCAGAGGAGGAGGAGAAGGAGAAGGAGAAGGUGGCGGCCCAACUUAUCGCUCCAUUUUAA